UGUUGUCGUCGCGGAAACAUCCAGCCCCCCCGAUCUGUGUGCGGAGUUGCUUGGCGACUUGCCGUUCCCGCGCUAGUAUUCUAUUAAGUCCGCCCCUCGCCCUCACUUCUGGACACCGAAGCCGCCUUCAGCAAAUUCAGCAACAUGAACAAUCUCAAUUCGCACCGACGCAAUGCCGCCGACGAGGAAACCCCGCUGCUGCCCCGACCCGCGAAACCUUCGGAUCCAGCUCGGCCAUGGAAUCGCCUGAAGAAACACAUGAUGGUAAAUGUCCACAAGGACUGGGCAGACCUGGUCUUGCUGUUUUGCUACAUCAUCACGGGGCUGCUGGAUAGCUCCGCCGUGUUUAUCUGGGGCUCGUUCGUAAGCAUGCAAACUGGGAACACCGUGUACCUGGGCUUAGGUCUCAUAGCACCCAACGAAGGCAUACGCUGGGUCAAAGCCCUAACCUCGAUAACCUUCUUCUGUCUCGGCUCCUUCUUCUUCAGCCGCUUCCAUCGCCACCUCUCGCCGCGCAGACGCUGGGUCCUUGUUGCUUCCUAUCUCAUCCAACUCGUCCUCAUCCUCCUGGCUGCAUUGAUUGUCACUCUCGGGACCGAAUCCUCGAAUGGCCUCCACUGGCAGGUGCUCAUCCCGCUUGCUUCAGUCGCAUUCCAAUCGAGCGGACAGGCGGUCACCUCACGAGUGUUGCAGUAUGGCGGGCUCACGAGCGUCGUUCUGACAAGCAACUACUGCGAUCUCUUUUCCGACCCGAAGCUGUUUGCCCUGACCAACGUGGAGCGGAAUAGGAGGACCGCUGCGCCGAUUCUGCUUUUGAUUGGCGCCGUGUUUGGGGGUCUGUGGGCGCAUAGUUCUGUCGGCCUGGCCGGAGCGCUUUGGACUGCUUUCGCGUUGAAAGCAGUUGCUGUCGGUGCGUGGCUGUUCUGGAAGGCUGACCCGGAGGACGAGUGAGAGAGCUGAACAGCGAACGUCG